AUGGCAAGCCAGAACUCCAACCCCAACGCAGACCCCGUCUUCUUCGGUGGUAUAGAAGUCGACAUCACUCAAUUCGAUUUCAGCGACCAUACUUCGAAGGUCAACAGUCUUACGAUAACAUGCGCAGUCUUCAUCGCUCUGGUGGUGUUGACUGUCGGUCUCCGCCUCUUCGCAAGAGCGAAAUACGUCGGCCAUAUCUUCAUAGACGAUUUCCUUAUCAUUUGCGCCGCCGUCUUCACUGUUGCUCUGGCUGCAGUGUGUAUCGCUGCAACCCAAUAUGGCCUCGGGCGACACAUCUGGCUCCUACCCAUGUUGACGCUCUUCGACACUUUGAAGGACUGUAUAUUGUAUCUCUUCAUCUGCCAAAUCCUAUACGCCUUUGCUAUUGCGUUGACGAAGAUCGCCAUCAUAUCAUCGUACCUGCGUUUCAUCCACGACAAGACCUUCCGCAUCUGGAUGUACGCGAUAUCUGUGUGCAUUGUCGGUCUAUGGAUUUCAGGAAUCUUCGUCACCAUCUUCCAAUGCCGUCCGGUUCAAGGAGCGUGGAAUUUCACCCUCGAACCAGUGUGCGUCGACUACGUCACCUAUCUAUACGCCAGCUCCGCCGUUAAUGUCGCGACGGAUCUUCUCCUUUGCGCGUUACCUAUACCUCAUAUUUGGAGGCUGAACAUGCCAAAAAGGCAACGAAUCGUUCUAUGUGUGCUACUGGCAGGAGGUGCAAGCGCAAGCAUAUUGGGCAUUGUCCGUAUUGCCUUCUUGGACCGUUUACGCGUCCUGGAUGUUACCUAUCAGAGCGUCGAGUGCGUCAUCAUGUCAGUAGGCGAGUGCAGUCUGGGAAUCAUCUCCGUCAGCAUUGCUGCUCUUCGUCCAAUGGCACGGCAGUUCUUCCCUAACGCGAUGCGAAACUCUCCCUCUUCCUCGUCCAAGCCACGCGAAGCAGGACACGUUCGCCUCGAACACAUACCCUCAAGCCAGGACAAGGAUCAGUUCACAUCGGACAGCAAACAUGAUCUGUCAGGUUCAUACGGAUCGCAUACACAAGUCUCCUGUUAG